CUUGCUUAUGGAGAAUGGGGCAUCCACAUCAAGGGCAUGGGCAUCCGCUUCAGCGCGAAACAGCUCACUACUGCUGAGGAAGUCAUCAAACGCAAGAUAAAGGCCGUCAAAGGCGCGAAAGUCUAUCUCAGGGUUUUCCCUGGUAUUCUGGUUUGCAUCAACCUCAAC